UCAUAAUCACGUGACGCCGCCAUCCGGGUCCUUUGGCUUCUCUGCCUCUUCCCAACAUGGCGGCCUCAGCUAAGAAGAAGAACAAGAAGGGCAAGACCCUGACUCUGACGGACUUCCUGGCGGAGGAUGGCGGCGGCGGCGGCGGGCCCACCUACAUCCCCAAGCCCGUCAGCUGGGCCGACGAGACAGACGACCUGGAAGGAGAUGUUUCCACCACCUGGCACAGUAACGAUGACGACGUGUACCGGGCACCUCCGAUCGACCGCUCCCUCCUGCCCACCGCCCCGCGGGCCGCCCGGGAACCCAACAUAGACAGAAGCCGCCUCCCAAAGUCCCCCCCCUACACCGCCUUCCUGGGAAACCUGCCCUAUGACGUGACGGAAGAAUCCAUCAAGGACUUCUUCCGAGGACUCAACAUAAGUGCUGUGCGUUUGCCCCGGGAGCCCACCAAUCCCGAGAGGUUGAAAGGCUUUGGAUACGCUGAAUUUGAAGACAUAGACUCCUUGCUCCAGGCUCUGAGCCUCAAUGAAGAGUCCCUAGGGAACAGAAGAAUACGAGUGGAUGUUGCUGAUCAGGCUCAGGAUAGAGAUCGGGACGACCGCGGCUUCGGCAGGGACCGGGAUCGCUUCCGAGACUCGGAGAGAUUCGAGAGCGACUGGAGGGCCCGGCCUGCCAACACCGACAGCUUUGACGACUACCCUCCCCGCAGGGGCGACGACAGCUUCGGAGACAGGUAUCGGGACCGCUACGAUGAUCGGUACCGGGAUGGCCCCCGGCGGGAUAUGGACCGAGGCUUUGGGGGCAGGGAUCGCUACGACGACCGCAGCAGAGACUACGACCGAGGCUACGACUCAAGGAUAGGCAGUGGCCGGAGGGCCUUUGGCAGCGGCUACCGCCGGGAUGACGACUACCGAGGAGGGGGUGACCGCUACGAGGACCGCUACGAGCGGCGGGACGACCGCAUGGACAGGUGGAGUUCCCGGGAUGACUACGGCCGGGAUGAUUUCCGCCGCGAGGACAGAGGUCCCACUCAGAGGCCAAAACUGAACCUGAAGCCCAGGAGCGCGCCCAAGGAGGAGGAGACGGCGGUGGCGCCGGCGCCCCAGUCCAGCCGCGCCGCGUCCAUCUUCGGCGGGGCCAAGCCCGUGGACACGGCUGCCCGGGAGCGAGAAGUGGAGGAGCGGCUGCAGAAGGAGCAGGAGAAGCUGCAGCGGCAGCUGGAGGAUGACAAGAGGAUAGAGCGGCGGCCCCGCGAGAGGCAUCCCAGCUGGCGGAGCGAGGAGAACCAGGAGCGCUCGCGGACGGGGAGCGAGUCCUCGCAGACUGGCAACUCCGGCCCCCCCGGCACCUGUGCGGGGACUGGCCCCACGGGCAGAACCACACGAAGGAGGGAGAGCGAGAAGUCUCUGGAGAACGAAACCUUCCCGAAAGAAGACGAUGCCCCGUCUCCCACCUCCAAGCCUCGCGAGGAGAAGCAGCCCCUCAAGGUGAUGCCUGCCCCUCCGCCCAAGGAGAACGCGUGGGUGAAGCGCAGCAGUAACCCCCCCGGCCGCUCGCAGAGCUCGGAUUCGGAGCAGCACUCCCCUACGAGUGGCAGCCAGACGGCACCGAGCCUGCCCUUGGAAGACGGGAUACCUCCCAAGAGUGCCCACAGGAAAGGAGACGAGAACAAACCGGACGGCGGGAAGGAAGGAGGCUCGAAGGUCCGGAGCGGGAGCGCCGGCCGUGGACCAGGAGACUCAGAUAGGAAAGAAAGCAGGAAGGAUCAUGACCCAAGACCUGCCUCUGAGCCAAAGAAACUCGAUGAGAACCCAGCCUCCCAGUUCAGCCACGCCAGCAAGUACGCUGCUCUGUUGGUGGACGGCGAAGACGAGGAAUGUGCCGAAUAGAAACCUCCCGGCCCUGCGCCGCCUCCUGACCAGCUGCCACCUGGGAUCAUCGGGAGAGUAAAACCAAACCUCUGUCCAGGCAAGACCGAAAUAAAGCCUAAAACUCAACAUCUCCUGAAGACCUUUCUUAAACUUUUUUUAAAACAAAACAAAACAAAAACAUCAAAAAAAAACCCACGAAAUGCAAAGUACAAAAAAGGAAACCUCUUGCAUGCUGCUGCAGUCUUUAAAGUAUUGAACUAACUGGAGAAACCUCUACAGAACGUAGCGAGAAAAGUGCAGGGGUCUUUUGUUCACAGGAAAGCACCUCUGGCUCGUUCCGGAGCCGAGGACUCGGAGCCGCUCCCGGGGGCCGGAGGCCCGGGCGCUCCGGAGAGGCGCGAGCGCUUUGAGCAAUAGGGCAGCCAAGGAAGAACCGGCUUUUUCUCCCUCGUCUUCUUGCUAGCCUAAAAAACAAAACAAAAUGGAUGAAUUCUGCAACGCUACCUUAAAUAAAAGAUCACCUUGAAGGUAGGGA